UGCCGUCGUCAAGGAUACGUCAUCGUUCAGUUUUGUUUGUUGUGCAUUGAACGCGACCUGCGAGUUGUCACUGGCAACGACAACAGCAAUGAAUGUAUGUGAAUCGCCUGCUAGUGCUAGGCAUUAUUUGAAUAUAUACGAGCUGCACAUAUGCUGGGGCCAUUCUUCCGUGACUGCAGCCAGACAAGGACGGCAGCUUAGCACCUAGCACCUGUCUAGAUCUAGAAGAAAUAUUAGCAGUUUCCGGCAGCGCUGCCUGGCGUUGACGCUGCUGACGCUGACGUUAAGAAACACGUUACGUAGCUGCAAAUUCAAAUUUGAACUUCAGUCAAGUGUCAAAGCUCAAAGGAUUAACAUGUCCUGUGCCUCUAGCUCGGCAGCGGCAGCUGGUCACCAGCUAAGCUAGCAAGUGUGAAUCCCCAUCCAUAAAACCGAAAAACAAACUAAAACAAAAAGUUAUAUUAUAUUAUUUAAACAAUUAUUAAAAUUAACCCAAGCAAGGAAAACCCGAAUAAAGCAACAACAGAAGCAAAAACUACCUAAUGUACCAAUUAGUGGGCCGAUUUUACCAAAAUGGCGGUACAACAACAACAGCAACAACAACAACAACAACAGCAACAACAAAAUUCAACAUUCAUCGAUAAUAAUCCUGAGUCUUGUACGCCGCUUUUGAAUUUUCCUGAUAGCCCAAUACUGCCGCCCAAAAAUCGUCAUCGUCGCCAAAAUCAAGACAGCACCCACCCCAAGAAGCCAAGUGCUAAUCUUUUGAUAGAUGCCAAGGUGACAGCACCCAACGCAUUCAUCGAUGCCCCACCGCCCACACAACGGGGCCAAAAUAAACACGGCAACAUGGCAAACGGAAAUGGAAAUGGAAAUGGCCAGCACAUGGUCACCAGUAGACGUCAUCGCCAUCGUUUCGUAUCCCUAUGUGGCGCUAAUAGCACCGUGGAACAGUGUGAUAAGGAGUUACCCAUUUGGCUGAACCAUAAUGAACUACGUUAUGUAUCGGGUGUAACCAACAAGACCACUUGUAAUGAUAUCAUUAAAGCGCUGAUAGACGACGAGCAGUGCAACAACAAUAACAGCAACAUCAACAAUAAGCCGGAUGGCGACCAUGGCUCAGGAGCAGCAUUGCGUGACUACAACGAUUUCGUUAUAACGGAACGUUGGCGUGGUAUCGAGCGCAGCUACGAUGGCAACAUGGCCAUUUUACCUGUUUGGCGCGCUUGGAGCCGUGUGCACAAUGAGUUGUGUCUGUCGCUCAAGCAACGUCAACAGCUCAAGGAAUCGUUGCCACCUCAGUAUGGGGAAAUAACUCCAUCCGCCUCUACCGGAUUUUCAAUGCUCAAGUGGCUGAAAAGACUUUUACACUUUGGCAGCAAUAAAAAACACAAAACCUAUGCAAAAAAAACAUCAGCCAAAGUGGCCAAUCAAAUCAGGGAAAACUGGUUGCCACCAAAAAGAAAACUGCGAAAUGAAAUGCUCGACGAAGUGCUUUUGGUCAUACUUCCCGAUCAGCAUUACGAGAACUACAACCGCAAUGUCAAGGCCCAGUUAAACAGCUGCGAGCUGGCGACAAAACAUCGAAAAAACAACCGCGAAAAAAUAACCACCUCCGACAAAUUUGUCAGCAACCAUUGCAUUAGACGGCGCCGCAAGGAUGCGCCGUUGCGCAAUAGCUUGCGCAACAAACUGGCUGCGCUGCACGCAGAGAUGAAUAUGAGAUACGAAAGAGAAUACAAUCUGACGCGCCAGCUAACCGACAAGUGCAGGCAGUUUAAACUGCAAAACGAGCGGUAUAGAUGUAGGGAAAUUGACCUUUCCGUGAGUCAGCUGCAGCAAAAUAUUGAAGCCUAUGCGGAGGAUAUUAUAAGAACGGAGCACGAGCUUCUCGAGCUAAAAAACGAGAUAAAACAGGACAUUUCGCUGAUAAACAACCUUAAGCGAAUGACGUUGGGAGAGGAUAAGGAGACAGUUCAAGUUGCUCAAGCUGUUCCACAUGAAAUGCAGUUCGUUGACAAUAUUUACGAGUUUUGCGACAAUAAUGCCAGCAUGUUAGUCUAACUUUUUAUACCUUGUUAAGUUUUUACCAAUAAAGCUUUUUUUAGAAGCAUACAUACAUGUAAGUAUGGCCAAAUGAAAUUACCCGGCUUUGCCCGAGUUAAAUAAAUAUAUUAUAUUAAAAAUA